CAUCACGGAAGUCACGUGACGUGGGGCCCAGUAGCUUUAGCUCAAUCCCGUCGACGAACAGUUAAAUAAAGAAGAAAACGGGCGGAGAACGACUCGCCUCAGCUCCAUCUAAAUCCGAUCGGCUUCUGUUUCAGAUUAAAAACGACCCCAAUGGCUUCUUCCACUCUCAUCAGUGACACAGAGCCAUGGAAGGACUUAAAGGGUCAUGCCGAGGAUAUCAAAAAGACACACUUACGUGAUCUGAUGAGCGAUGCUGAACGGUGCAAGUCAAUGAUGGUUGAGUUUGAUGGGUUACUGCUGGACUCUUCUCAGCAGCAUGCCUGUCAAGAAACCAUGGAAAAGCUCUUUAAACUGGCGGAGGCUGCUCAUCUUAAGCAGAAGAUCAACAGCAUGUACAAUGGAGAACGGAUAAACAAAACUGAGAAUAGGUCAGUGCUUCAUGUGGCUCUGCGAGCUCCAAGGGAUGCAGUUAUCUACAGUGAUGGGAAGAAUGUGGUCCCAGAUGUGUGGAAAGUUCUGGACAAAAUCAAUGAGUUUACCGAGAGAAUUCGCAGUGGCUCCUGGGUUGGUGCUACAGGAAAGGCAUUAAAGGAUGUUAUUGCUGUAGGUAUUGGUGGCAGCUUCUUGGGUCCCCUAUUUGUACACACUGCUCUUCAAACAGAUCCAGAGGCUGCAGGAUGUGCAAAAGGCCGCCAACUGCGAUUUCUUGCAAAUGUCGACCCCAUUGAUGUUGCUCAAAGUAUCACAGGGUUGAACCCUGCAACUACAUUAGUUGUGGUGGUCUCGAAGACUUUUACAACAGCUGAAACUAUGUUGAAUGCUCGAACAUUAAGGGAGUGGAUCUCUUCUGCUCUGGGGCCUCAGGCUGUUUCAAAGCACAUGGUGGCCGUCAGUACAAAUCUCAUGCUUGUAGAAAAGUUUGGGAUAGAUCCUAAUAAUGCCUUUGCAUUCUGGGAUUGGGUUGGAGGUCGCUAUAGUGUUUGCAGUGCUGUGGGCGUGCUGCCUUUAUCUCUUCAAUAUGGUUUCUCAGUUGUUCAGAAGUUUUUGAAAGGAGCUUCAAGCAUUGAUGACCAUUUCCAUUCUGCACCAUUUGAGAAUAACAUACCUGUGCUCUUGGGCUUGUUGAGUGUAUGGAACGUUUCGUUUUUGGGGUAUCCUGCUAGAGCAAUCUUACCAUACUCACAGGCACUGGAGAAACUUGCUCCACACAUUCAACAGGUUAGCAUGGAGAGUAAUGGGAAGGGCGUAUCCAUUGAUGGUGUCCCACUUCCCUUUGAGGCUGGUGAAAUUGAUUUUGGUGAACCAGGCACAAAUGGUCAGCAUAGCUUUUACCAGCUAAUCCAUCAGGGGCGUGUUAUUCCUUGUGAUUUUAUUGGUGUCAUGAAGAGUCAACAGCCCGUGUACUUGAAAGGAGAAGUGGUUAGUAACCAUGAUGAGCUCAUGUCAAACUUCUUUGCACAACCAGAUGCUCUUGCGUAUGGGAAGACCCCAGAGGAGCUGCUAAGUGAGAAUGUCCCUGACUAUCUUAUUCCUCACAAGACAUUCUCUGGGAAUCGGCCAUCCCUCAGCCUUUUACUUCCUUCUCUAAAUGCUUAUAAUAUUGGACAGUUGUUGGCAAUUUACGAGCAUAGAAUUGCGGUCCAAGGAUUUGUAUGGGGGAUCAACUCCUUUGACCAGUGGGGUGUCGAGCUGGGGAAGUCACUUGCAUCUCGAGUUAGGAAGCGACUCCACUUAUCUCGCACAAAAGGAGAGGCAGUCGAGGGAUUUAAUUUCAGUACCACGGCACUGAUAACGAAAUAUCUUGAGGCGGAAACUGGUAUUACCUUAACUGAGUCGACUCAGCUGCCAAAAAUAUAACCAGAAACAUGGACUUCCACUUCACAGAGCAUGUUGUUUUGAACAUACUUCUGAAUUGUCCCAUAAAUUACAAGAGCACCCGAUGCUUUUAAGCCCAGAUCUGCAUCAGUGCAGAAUCAUACCUCCUUGAAUAAUAACUUAUCAGUAUCUUUCCUACUGAA